CGUGGUCAGAAGUUGGAAUCAAAAUUUCAACAGCACGGGUUUGUCUCAUCCAGAUUCCUUUAAUUUGAAAACGACAUCUACUGGCGGUCGUUUCGAAGAAUUUUCGCGCAUUCCUCCCUUACUUACCUCUCUUUCUCUCCCCGACUGUCUUGCUGUCUGUUCAAACUUUUCUUCCUGUAACUUCAGGUACGCUGCAGGGAGUUGGUUGGACUAAGCAGUGAAAGAGGCGGGGAGUGAAAUUUUAGCUGCUAUUAGCUAUAUAUAUAUAUGUAUAUAUAUUUGUGUGUUAGAGAUGGGGUGGGGAACAUUUACAGGAGACGUGCGAAAGUAUUUACGUUGGCCAUGAUAAUUUACAUCGAUUAUAAGGCUUUACAGAAAAGAGAGAAAUUCAUGAAGAAACCGAAAAGUGAUGCAUUGUGGAAGAAGGCCCAUGAGCGGAAUGCUAAGCGUGUUUUUAAUUUGAUGGUAGAGUUGGAAGGUUUGUGGGUGAAACUUGGACAGUAUUUGUCCUCACGUGCUGAUGUGCUUCCUUCUGCUUUCAUUUCAAUUCUCAAGCAGUUGCAGGACUCUCUCCCUCCUCGUCCGUUUGAAGAGUUUUGUCACACUAUAGAGAAAGAACUAGGGAAAUCCAGGAAGGAGCUUUUCUUGGAUUUUGACGAAAAUCCUCUGGCGACAGCAUCAAUUGCACAAGUCCAUCGUGCGACAUUAAUUGAUGGGCAGAAGGCGGUUGUUAAAGUUCAACAUGAAGACAUCAAAAACUCAUGUGGGAGGAUUUAAAGGAUGCAGAAUCCAUUGUUGACUGGAUAGCAUGGGCAGAACCGCAGUAUAACUUCAGCCCUAUGAUCGAUGAAUGGUGCAAAGAAGCUCCAAAAGAACUCGACUUCAAUCACGAAGCAG